AUGCAAGGAACUCAACGUGGUGCACAAAUUGGUCAAUCUCUUAUAUCAGUUAUUUUCUAUAGAUUUGGAAUAUUCGUCACUUAUCGAUUUUAUGAAACAGGUUUACGAGUGCUAACAGGUAUAUUAAUUAUUGCUUUCUUUCUUGGUCUGUUUUUAACUGUUGUCUUAUCGGAUAUGGAAAAUAAUGAUCUCGAUUUCAUCGAUGACAAUCAUCUUAUAUCCAAACGAGAUAUAUUUCAUCGUGGACAUCGUGAUGAUCCAGCACAAUCACCAGGUCAAUGUGUCCCAUGUAAGUUUGGUAUUGGACGUUGUUGUCAUCCAAAUAUUUGUGUUAAAAAACAUUUGCGACCAGAUAAAUGCCUUCGCAUAAAGAGGGGCUAA